AUGACAACUGAGAGAACGCCAAAUAACGAAAAUAACGACGAACAAUCUACUUUACUGGCGUUCUCCGAUGUUAUUCCCUCAAUUACUCCAGAAGAAAGUCCGCAUGAUUUGGAACUCGAAACCGAAUCACCUAAAAUUUUGCAAGAGACUUUAAAUGCAAACCCUUCAUUAGUUUUAGAAAAUUUCAUAAAAAUAAUUUCUGAAAAUUUCACAUUGAGAACUUUUUCGGAAAAAAUGGAACCCGCCUUUAAAGCUUUUAGAACAAUUUUUUCAAAAAUACCGCCGAUUCAUUUAAUCCUGUAUCUACUUACAAUCUUUACUUGGAAUCAUUUACAAAGAUCACACUUAAUAUUAUUAGUACUUGGAUGCUUACUUGGUUACAUGCUUCAGAAUAAUUCGACUACAACUAGCCGACAAAAAAAUUUCUUGUACCAAGAACCGUAUAUACAGCAAAAUAUCGAGAGUUCCUUGCAGGCUAUCAAGAGUGCCGAAAAAGUAACUUCAACAGAACUUUCGAUAACGCCUCGAGUAGACGAGGCACUAAAUAAGACAUUUGAUUUUAUUCUUCGAGAUUUAGUUAAUUCUUUUUAUGAUCCGAUAAAUCCAAAUAGAAAUCCCGAAUUUUCCAGCCAACGCGAAUAUAGAAAGUUUAUUGCAACUAAUAAAUCUUUAGAAGUUUAUUGCAUGCAAAAUCAAUCUUCACCAUUUGUACAUACUAUAAACAAAAAAUCUCAAGUACAGACUCUUCGUUGCUUGUCAAAAUUAAUAUUGAUACGUCUUUUACCUUCAGAUGAAAUUAAAAGUCAUAUUCUGAUGGCAUUUCUUACUGAACUAUGGACAACGCAAGUUUUGGAAACUGCGCUUGAAAUGGUGUGUGACCCAGAUUGGUUAAAUCGGACUAUUGUUGAGUAUUUGACAGAUAAAGAUGAUGAAACUCAUGAUACUACCUUACUUCAACAACUAGCAACUUCAAUUGAUGAGGAAGUGGCUGGUCUAUCCAACCAAUUAAACCAACCUUCCUCUGAUAUCAAAGUACCAGUGUUGAACGUUCAAUCAUCACCUAUAUCACAUCAGUCAAAUUCGUCACUUGAUGCUAGCAUUGAAGCUUUCAAGGAGCAAAAAAAUUCAUUAGUCGAGUCUCUCAAGGAGAUUCCUUCAGACGCUACAAUUAAGUCUUCCUCUGAUAACAAAGUAUCGGUAUUGAAUGUUCAAUCGAUAACAUCGUCACCUAUAUCAUAUCAAUCAAAUUCGUCACUUGAUGCUAGCAUUGAAACUUUCAAAGAGCAAAAAAAUUCAUUAGUUGAGUCUCCCUCAGAGAUUCCUUCAAGCACUACAAUUCAGUCUUCUUCUGAUAGCCAAUCACAAGUAUUGAAUGUUCAAUCGAUAACAUCAUCAUCACCUAUAUCAUAUCAGUCAAAUCCGUCACUUGAUGCUAGCAUUGAAAAUUUCAAGGAGCAAAACAAUUCAUUAGUUGAGUCACUUACAGAGAUUCCUUCAUGUGCUACAAUUCAAUCUUCCGCUGAUGACAAAGAACCAAUGUUGAACGAUCAAUCACUACUAUCAUCACCUCAAUCAUCACAAACAAAUUUACUUGAUUCUAAUCCUGAAACUCUUAAAGAGCCAAAAAGCUCAAUUGAAAUACCUACAGAAACCCUUCCGAAUGUUACAAUUGAAGAUUUCACCGACUCCCCAAAUUACUCUCCAUCUCGACCGUUCAUGCGUUCUGUGAAUUCAGAUAAGUUACGAAUUAUCCUUGAACUUCAGAAUGAAGUUUUUGUUGAAUUUAUGGCAUUUUUGGAAGAACGCAAAGCCGCAAAUUUACUUCGAUUUUGGCUCCAAGUUGAUUCUUUCAGAAAAAUUGCAUCCGAUGAGCCAAAUAUAAAUUUGGUACAAGAAGAUGCAUUGAAAAUUUUUAAUACUUAUUUUGGAGAUUCUGCCACGUAUCCUGUAAAAAUAUCGAACGAAAUGAUAAUCAACCAAUGUACACGAGAGAUAUAUAAUGCACCUACAUGUAAUUGCUUUGUAACUUUGCAAGAAUAUGUCUUUGGUGUGUUGGAAAGUGAAUAUUUUGAUGACUUUCUUAUGGUUAUGAAAACCCAAGGUGAAGAUAUAAAUUUUAUGUUUGUAGAGGAAUCUAAACAGAUAGCACAAUCGAACAAUAAUUCUAGAUUUGCUUCGGAAAUAUCAAUAGAGGGAAAAUUUUUUAAACGACAUAAUACAACGGGUAACUUAUCCCCUAUUUCAAACAACUCGGAAUACUUGGAUUAUUCGUCAGGCUAUGAUAAACAAUCGAACGGUUUGUUGACAAGCACAACAUAUCGUUCCAGAUCAUAUUCAGCUGGAAGCUUGGUUGAUGCAUUGAAUAAUUUUACAUCUUCACUUAGGAAGAGAAAUUCUUAUGCAUCUACAGAUGAAAUGACUGAUAGUGAUUCUGAAUUACCCCCAAUAAUACCUAAGAUUGAUCUUAACGGAGUAAGAAUUAGGUUGACGGAUGUGUCUGAAUCAUCACCAAAUAAGUAUAUUUACUCAACAAAGUCGCUUUCUUAUAUGAUAGAGGUAGAACGACCUGGUUCCACUGGAUGGAUAAUAACGCGAAAUUUUAGUGACUUUGAGAAAAUGCAUUCCGCUUUAACAAAAGAUUUUCCUAAAGCCGAAAAAGUCGUUAUGCCACGCUUAAUGUUAAAAAAAAGCCAAGCGGCCUGUAAGUCUUUAGAACGAUAUUUGAACAUUUUGUUGAGUGACUUAACAUUAUGUGAGAGUGAACCACUUCAAAAAUUUAUGAGGAGAGAUGGUAUUCAAAAUGAAGGAUUGACGAAGUCUGUUGGCAAAAAUGGAAUUGUAAAUUCAACAGUAUCUGUUCCAAAAUCUAUAUCAAUGGUCAAUAUUGUAACUUCUGGUACGCAAGAUGCUAUUAAUGAUAAAAUAAAUACUCCAAAACAAGUUGGUUCAGAGGAGUCUUUAUCACCGAAAAGGAACGGUUCUCUUCAUGAACAUUUAAAUAUUUCUCAAAAUAUACUUACAGAAGUAAUCCAAGAAAUAUCUGAGGAAGCCUCUAUCAAGGAUACGUCUACUCAAAUGUUUUCUAAUGUCGUGAGUCCUAGUGUUGAAAGCACCCUUUCAACAUCUUUGGAUUCCAGCAAGGCCGUUGUAACAACAUCAUCCAAUGAAAAUGACACUUCUAAUAUUAUAAGUAAUAAUAUAAAACCCAAUAAAGAGCCUAUUUUGGAAGGGCUUAAUACCCAUUGUAAUGUUAGCGCAUCAAACUCUUUAAAAUCAUCCAAAAUUCCCUUAAUUGGACCACCACCAACUCCUAAAAAAAGAACUCGGCCGAAUAAGCAAAUUACCGGUCAUAAUGCAGAUCUGCUUAUUGAUACUAUGUUUGCUAUUAUUGAAGAAAUAUUUGAUUUAUCAGAUAAAUCUCAAUGGCACAUUAGAAAAACAGUUCUUUCUGUUUUACGAGGAGUUGUGCGGAAAUCAUAUACAGAAGCAAUCAAACAGUCAUAUUUAUUGACGAUCAAUUCACUUUUCACUGAAGAAUAUGCAGUGUCAAUUAUUGAUAAUUUAAACAAUUCGCUUUGGCCAGAUGGCAUCUUAGCGGAUAUAACUCAGCAACGAAGUGAAGAAGAAAAGUUACAAACCAAAGAGGAGGUUAAGCGAUUACUUUUACAAAAAGUUAUACCUGAUUCGUUAAAACAGGUAAUGGGUCAUGAAAAUUCUAAAAUUAUGAUUGGAAGGUUGGUUGAUGGAUUUUUGGCAGAGAAAGAAGUAUUAAGAGGAAUGGGUAUUAAUAUUUUAGAAA